AUGGAUCAGGCUGCUGUUCUUCAUGACACUGUGGAGGACACGGACACCACCUUUGAGGAGAUCGAGGUGCACUUUGGCAAAGAAGUGCGCGACAUCGUGGCAGAUGUCACGGACGACAAGACCCUUCACUGGCAGACGCGUAAGGACCUCCAGGUCACCAACUCACCCUUCAUCUGCCCCAAGGCAAAGCUGGUCAAGCUGGCCGACAAAUUGUACAACCUGCGAGAUCUCGAGAGAAGCAACCCGGUGGGCUGGACCAAGGAGAGAGUACAGACCUACUUUGAGUGGUCGGCCAAAGUGAUCAACGGUAUCCGGGGCACUAAUGAGAACCUAGAGAAGGAACUCGACAAACUCUUCAAGAAGCGAGAUGUUUUCCCAGAUGGCAUUUAA